GUAGAUUAUAAAUUGGAAUCUUAUUAUAACCAGGUUUUUUACCUGUUAAAUUAGUCAUGGAACAUCAUAUAUUUUCACUCUCUGUGAUUUUUACAUUUUUGCUUCAAAAUGAUGCAGCUAAAUGGACAUAUGAUGGUGAUUUAGGUCCAAAACACUGGCAUAAGCUUUUCCCAGAUGGAUGUUCUGGCAAACAACAGUCACCAAUUGAUAUAACAACUAGAAGUUCAGAACAUGAUCCUAAAUUGAAAGAUUUUGCUAUUUGGCAUGACCCUCCAAAACCUGGAUCACUAUUUAAAGUGAAAAACAAUGGACAUUCAAUAACUAUUGAGACUUUAGGACCAUUUCAUGUGACAAAUGGUGGUCUACCAGCAGUUUAUUCAACAGCCCAGUUUCACUUUCACUGGGGCCAUGCUAAUCAUCAAGGCUCAGAGCAUCUCAUUGACAGCAGAGCAAGCCCCCUUGAGUUACAUGUUGUUAACUAUGACAGCGACAACUACCAAAGUCUACCAAUGGCCAUGGUAAAACCUCAAGGAUUGGCAGUAUUAGGGGUUAUGUAUGAGAUUGGUGAAGAAGAUAAUGCAGCCUUAGAACCAAUCAUACAGGCGAUGAAACAUGUUGAAGAUCCAGAGGAUGGGCAUGAUCAUGAAAUUCCAGCCCAGCGAAUCAGAAACUUCCUUCCUGAAGACACAUCUAAGUACUACCGAUACAAUGGCUCUCUGACAACACCUGGAUGUUUCGAGAGUGUUAUCUGGACAGUUUUUCAUGACCCAAUGUACAUUUCACUCAGACAGAUGAUGGCAUUUAGAAAAAUUCUACAAAACAAAAGACAUAAAGGUAAAAAACAUCAUAAACGUGAAACAAAAGAUGAAAAACUGGUAGAGGAAGUAUUGGAAGAGUCUGGUAUGGCAGGAGACAAGCUUCAACAAAUGGAGCUAGAGAUGACACUUGAGGAGGACAAGGCUAAAGAUAAUGUACCAACAGAAACUCCUAUAUUAGGAGAACCACCAAAGAAGUUUUACCUACACCAUGGGGAAAAUCCAAACACAGAUAAGAUGCAGAAUGUGAGUCAAAGUGGCCAGGAACAGUCUUAUCAUACAGAAUCUGAAAGUGAAAAACGUCUAGAAAAGAUUGUUGUGAAGCUAGAACAUGAAAAUGAACAACUGAUUGAAGAGAUUGAGAGACUUAAACUAGUCGACAAUUUUAGGCCAGUUCAACCCUUAAAUGGAAGAAAAAUAUAUAGAAGUUUUGAUAGUUUUGUAAGAAAACCGGCCUCACAGGAGAUUAAAGAUAGCACAGAACCAUGUAACUCAUCUAUAAAAAUUCUAUCAUCAUGGACUGUAUUACUGGUAACAAUUUUCUUAUCAUUUUUAAGAUGAGAUGAAUAAUUUCAUUAAUAUUUUGAAAAAAUCAAAGAUAUUGUCCAACAAGAAGGAAAAAAUAUAGGAAGAAAUACAAUAGCACAGGAAAAUCCAUUAUCAUAUGAUAUCAUUACAAAAUUUAUUUUAGGAUAUUGAAUAUGUUUUAAUAAUCAAGUUUUAACUCAUUCUCUAUGUACAUUAACACAUAUAUGAAAAUCUAGUGUCAUAUAACAGGAAUUAAGGCAUUUUUUUUAUACCAUUAUGAAAUUUUAUGUAUAUUUUACUACAUAUACUUGGAAAAGCAUCUCAGAUUAUAGCUCCUUAGAACAAGGGGUAUAUCCAAUGGCUAUUUAUGCUUUUUAAUUGAGGAAAAGUAUAAUGUAUAAAUGUACAAAAAUCUUGUAUUCAUGAACUGUUGUUUUUGUAAAUAUUUUUAUGUGAUAUCAGUGUGUGUCAAACUUUUUACCUUAUACAGAUUUUAUUUUAUGGAGAUUUACUUGAUUAAAAAGGUUGAAAAAAAUAAA